AUGAGUAUUCUCGAAACUCUUUGCAGAAACACUCAAAUUAUCCCUGCGGUGCUAGUUCAUGAUCGUUCAUCGGAAGCUCACGGGGAGCCAAGUUUACGAAACUCGGCAACGCGAGAAGUCUUCAAGGGGCACAACGGGAGCAAAACAUACCUACCUGCUGGACAGCUCAGUGGAUUGGUAUCUCCGAUACGUCUCGCUCAUCGUGAUCUCAAUGCGGACUUCUUGCCAUGCUACGACUACAUCAUUGCUGGAGGCGGUGUUUCUGGACUUGUCCUUGCCAACAGAUUGUCAGAAGAUCCUGAUGUAACAGUUCUGGUCAUUGAAGCUGGUAAUCUGGAUAAUGACGAAGAUUUUAUCAUAUAUCCUUUUGACGAUGGAGAAGGUCUUGGAUCAAGUUAUGACUGGAAUCUUUGGUCUGCACCCCAGACAUCUCUUGAUGGCUCUUCCAGGCCAAUUGAUCUCGGAAAGGGUGUGGGAGGUGGUAGUCUCAUCAAUGGCAUGUGCUGGACUAGAGGUGGGAGUGCCGACUAUGAUGCCUGGGUAGCUCUUGGAAACCCUGGAUGGGGAUGGAAUGAUCUUUUACCAUACUUCAAAAAAACUGAGAGUUACACCCAUGAUGUCGAUGCAGCGUUUGCCCACGAGCUAUAUGUGUAUCCAGAUGCUUCGACGCAUGGUACCAGCGGAUAUAUUGAUGUCUCGUACCCAAAAUACUUCUAUCCUCAGUCUCAAUUAUUCCUGGAUGGACUACGAGAGCUUGGAAUCCCCACCCUGCUCGACCCAAACAAUGGUACAACUGCUGGCGGAAUGUUGAUACCAAAUAGCCUUUCACCCGAUAACCAAACACGUUCUGAUGCGAGGCGCGGUUAUUAUGACGGUUUUAUCAACCGCCCAAAUCUACACGUUGCCACUGGCCUUGUUGUCAUUAGAGUUCUGAUGGAUUCAGCUCCUCCAGAGGUUCUUGCCCGAGACCUUCCAGCCGGUCAAUGGAUUACCGGUAUUCAGGAGUGGGAGAGAACUUCCAAGAUCAUCCUUACGUUGGUGCCCUACCCAACCAUUGUUCAAAUAGACAAUGACCAACGACUUCUCAGUCAAGCAGAGCAAGAAUAUUACGUUAACAAGACCGGACCCUGGACUGCUGGAGCAAUCAAUACAGUCGCUUUCCCAUCGCUAUCCCAGAUUACUUCAAAUUGGACUAACAGAAUCGCCGAUGCCGAGAAGCAAGGUGUAAUGGACUACUUAGUGCCAGGCCUGGAUGCGAGUGUUGUCUCAGGAUAUGCUGCGCAAAAAGACCUUAUUGUUAAGCUUCUUAACCGUCCAGAUGUCAGUGCUUACGAGCUUCUCAAUGAUAAUGAAGGACUUCUUUCAGUUGCUGUAAUGCAUCCUCUAUCCAGAGGAAGUGUUCAUAUUACGACAGAUAAUCCAUAUGUACCACCCGAUAUCGACCCACGCUAUUGUUCAAAUCCACUUGAUCUUCAGAUAUUGACGGACGCUCUUAUGUUCAACAACAAAGUUGUGAACACUAAUUCGAUGAAGUUAUUGCAACCAAGACCUUACUAUCCGUUUCUUCCUGAUGCCACAUCAGAAACCCUAAAACCUGCAAUUUAUUCGGGUGUAAGAACGGAGUUUCAUGGUUCUGGUUCAACUUCCAUGAUGCCACGCGAGCUAGGCGGCGUCGUAGAUCCAGAUCUUCGGGUCUACGGAACCAAAAAUCUUAGAAUUGUCGAUGCUGGCAUCAUACCAAUGCUUCCUGCCUCCCACCUACAAGCACCAGUCUAUGCCAUUGCAGAGAAGGCUGCUGAUACCAUAAAGCGUGACAACUAUGGAUUAUCUCCUAAAGGAUGUGGUAAAAGCUCUUCAUUUGCACGCCCUGGUCCAGUCUUAUCGAACCUGUCAAUUAACUCUUUAAAAAUAUCCGCCUCAAAUCCGGUACCGAGUUCUACAACCCCACAAACUGUGCCAUCAAAUUUAGCGUCACCUUCCCCUUUGUCAUCCUUCCACGUCAUAUCACCUCCAGCGGGCUUUCCAAUCCCUGGACCGCAAGUAGAGAAAAUUUCCACCCAUCCAUUUAUCCCUAACUUGGGAAGCUCGGCACUCAGCGCAUCAGUACUAUUGCCUGCUAUUCAAGGCUGGAAUGAUUCUUCUCAGUCAGCCCAUGAAAUGGGAACAACUAUAGUUGGAACGCCAAUUAGAAACUCCGUAGCUCAAUCGACAGCCACGACUCUUUCUGUUGGUGCCGAUAUUGGAAGUCCGGCCCUUAGAAACGCUUCGGAGAGUGCCUUCAUGUCACCUGGAACUGCAAGUGUACAUAAUGCUCAUGUGCCAGCACCAGAGGCAAGCACUUCCGCCACCACGUCUGUUGUAGCAACAGCCACUAUUAAGAUCGAAUCCACUUCCGAUCUUCCAACUUCGAAUAGAGAUGUUCAAUCAAAAACCAUUAACAAGGGUCCUCCAGCUCCUGCACCAGAUGCAACAACUUCCACCUCACCAUUUAUACCAACUACGACUCUUCAGACUGUACAAAUUACGCAUCCAUCGCUGGCAGGUCAAACAUCUCAGCCAAUUACCACCAGCCAGAACGCAUUAGCAGAUGUGGCAGCUGUGUUUGGGGCAAAGUUGGAGCAGAUAGCUUCAACUCUUGUUUCCACUCAUGUAACAGAUGCAGAUGUGCCAACACCUAAAAUCACGUCACCUGCUCCUGUGCUCAAUAUACUUCCCGCACCAGCAUUAAUGUUCAAAACAAUGGAACGUUCUGAUUUUCAUUUGGUAGCUUCAAUGUUGGAAGUCAAGUAUGCAACGCUAUCGACGGAUUAA